GAUUUUUCAGACAUAUUAAAUGAAAUUGUUAAAAAAAGAUACAUUAUACAAUAACUGACACCUAUCUAAGCUACGAAAUCUCAACAUUAGUGUUGUUAAGUUGUGAUAUACUUCAAGAAUACCUGUGACAUAAUUUUGUUGUUAUUUCAUUCAAAUCAGGGUUUUACAAAAUUUGGUGCCUUUUGAAGUAGAGUUGGUGCCUUAACAUGAAGCUGAAAGAAUUAAAGAAGACGGUCAACGUGAGCUGGUCGCCAGCGGAGCAAUAUCCGUCGAUGCUGGCUGCCGGCUCCGCGGCUCAGCAAGUGGAUGCAAAUUUCAGUUCCAAUUCCUCAUUAGAACUUUAUUCUUUAAAUUUAGAAGACCUAGGAUUAGAUUUAGAGCUUAAGGCCAGCUUGCAAACACAGCACAAGUUUCAGAAGAUAGUGUGGUCAGGAGCGGGAACAAUAGUUGGUGGCUGCGAUGGAGGCUUGCUUCAAUUCUAUAAUACUGAGAAAGUUCUCAAUAGUUCACCUGAUGCACUUGUUGGAAGCAGCGAUAAACAUAAUGGAAAUGUAUCUGCAUUGGAUGUUAAUCCGUAUCAAAAGAAUUUAUUAGCAUCGGGAGCAUCAGAUAGUGAAAUAUUUAUAUGGGAUCUAAACAACACAAGCCAGCCAAUGGCACCGGGAAAUCGAAGUCAGCCUUAUGAACAUGUACAGGCCCUAGCAUGGAACCAGCAGGUGCAACACAUUUUAGGCUCCACAUUUGCCACAAGGUGCUUAGUAUGGGACUUGAGGAAGAAUGAACCUAUAAUGAAAUUGAGCGACGCCCAGUCCCGCACCCGUUGGCGCAGCGUGUGCUGGCAUCCGGCCGUGGCCACCCAGCUCUGCAUCGCCUCAGAGGACGACUUGCUGCCGGUCAUACAGCUUUGGGAUCUGCGGUUAGCAGCAUCUCCGUUGGUAACCCUGGAAGGACACAGCAAGGGAAUUCUGGGUCUAUCCUGGAGUCCGCACGAUCCUGACCUACUUCUGAGUGCCGGAAAGGAUGGCCGACUGCUAUGUUGGAACCCAAAUAACACCAAACCGGGUGGAGAACUGGUGGUGGAAGUGUGUCAGCAAGGCCAGUGGGUGAACGACGUGUCGUGGAGCGGCCGCACUGCGGGCGUGUUCGCGGCGGCGGCGGCGGAGCACGUGGCCGUUCACUCGCUGCUGGGGGGCACGAGGCCUGAUCGGCAAAGUCUCCACACGGCCAGCAACAUAAUGGAGUCGUUCGGGGGCGCGGACUCGUUCGCAGCUCUGCCGGCGGUUACCAGAGCUGAGCCCGCCUCGGCGCCCAACCCUCUGCCGAAGAACCCGCCGGCUUGGCUCAAGAGGCCCAGCGCAGCCAAGUUUGCCUUUGGCGGAAAACUGGUAACGUUUGACAAGUGUCCACAAAGCGAAGAAGUUAGGAGAUUGGUGCAAAUCACGCAGGUUGUGAGUGAGCCAGAGUUGGUGGAGAAAUCGGUGUCGCUGGAACAAGUUUUGGCUCUCACAUUGAGCCGUGACCCUCAGGCGGCCGACAGACUUGCAGAGUACUGUCGUGAGCAGGGAGACGCGUCUUCCGACCAACACGAGCGGUACACGUGGUUCUUCCUUCGGGCCAACUUCCUUCCUUCUUUCCGCACUGAAGUGCUUAACUUGCUCGGUUACAAGCAAGACGAGAUCCCAUCGAAGUUCAAAAGUCAAAACGCUGGAGACAUCCAAAACGACACAGCCUUUUUGAGCCGGGGCGAGUCCACGGAGACGGAGGCUGAACUUUCGACCGACACCAGCACCGAUCUCUCGGAGGCUCAAACCCUAAUCGAAAGGAAAUUAGCGAAUCUCGACUUAGAAACCACUGCCACAGAUGUGGUUAUCCCGAACGGAGAAGAAUCAACGAGUUUGAUUUGCCGAGCUCUGGUCUGCGGAAACUUGGAAGAGGCUGUGGAACUCUGUCUCGACACGAACAGAGUGGCCGAUGCGCUUAUUAUCGCUUCUCUGGGCAGCCAAGAGCUGGUCUACAAAGUCCAGCGAUACCAUUUGAACGCCAACGCGUCAGACCCGGUGUCUCUCCUCAGCGGAAGUCUUCUGCGAAGCAAGUGGGAGGGGCUCGUGAGGAGUUCGGCUCCCGAGAGCUGGAAGGACGUCUUGGCCACCCUCGUCACUCACGCGGACACCGAUGUCCUGCCGCACUACUGCGAAUUAUUAGGCGACAAGUUAUCCGAGGAAUCGGACGAAACCUACAAAAAAGCGGCCCAGCUAUGCUACGUGGUGAGUGCGGCCGGGGACGCGUUAGCCGCGCGGUUAUCGCGCGAGAAACGCGACGUCAACGAUAUAGCAGAGCUGACGAGACGAGCCCAACUCGCUCUGUUACUAAAAACGGCUGCGGUUACGCGCGGUAGACCAGUGCAGGACGGAGGCAGCUUGACAAGUAUUCUGACAGAGUACGCGGGGCGAUUGGCCUCUCAGGGCUGCCUCCAAAGCGCUCUCACCGCUCUCCAGGGGUCUCCUUCGGAAAUGUACGACCGACUCGCCACAGCCCUAGGGCUGGCACAGAACAGAUUUGCGCAGCAACACCCGCAACACCCUCAACCUCAACAGCAGCAGUUCACGAGCAGGACCCGUACGGCGAGCGAACACUCGCAGAAACGGACUCAACCGAACAACUUCUUGCCCAACAAUGCAGCGCUUCCACCGAAGCCAGAAGAGCAGUGGCAAAGAGCAUCCAACCCGUGGAACGCGCCAGUGCCAGCUGCGCCUGCGCAAGUGGCGCCUCCUUCGCAGCACUCGCGACCUGGAAGCGUGGGACCUCAGACCGGUAUAACAUCCCGCUCCAAAUACAAAGUGGACCCGUCGGUGCAAUCCGCCCCCCUUUACAGCCAAUAUGGCUUCAACAACGCGGUCACGAAUCAACCACAAUUCGGUUACAAUAGUCCAAUUCCCGACCAAUACAAUCCCGCCGGUGUCCCUUCACACAACUUCACCCCCAUCAACCAACCCAAUCCUAUGAACCCACCCUUGAACCCAAACCUGCCAUUAAACCCGUCCCAUCAAUUAAAUCCAAUUCCCCACAACCCGACGAUGCACCCAGCGAAUAUACCAGCCAACCCCUCGAACCAAGUGAACCAACCGGGUCAAACCAACGGCAGCUAUUAUGGUUCGCAGGGAGUCGAACCCGCCGCUCCCGCUCUUCCCUCCAAACCGGUCGCCCCCGGAUGGAACGACCCGCCCGUCAUGACCUCUAAGCCUAAGCAAUAUGACCAAGAUAUGUCACCCUUACACGCGGGCACCAGGCACUGGAGUCACAUUAUUAGCCACGAGCCAAAGCCAGAAGUCCAACAACAGGCUCCGAUCACUCAUCCAUUAUUCGGCGCUGAGCAACCUCAGCACGUCCCGCUGAAUCCGGGUCAACAACCGUUCCCAGGUCAACAACAAUUCCCGGGUCAACAACAGUUCCCGGGUCAACAACAAUUCCCGGGUCAACAACAGUUCCCGGGCCAACAACAGUUCCCCGGCCAACAGCAAAUUCCAAGUCAGCAACAAUAUCCGGGACAACAGUUACCCGGGCAACAGCAGUUUAAUCAACAGCCUUUCCCGGGGCAACAGGGCCAGUUUCCUGGUCAACAAUUCCCUCAGCAGUAUUCAGAUCAGUAUCAAGGACAGUAUCAGCAGCAGGGAUAUCAACGGACGGAGAGUCCAGCUCCGGUGCAGCCGGCUCCCGUGCCCAAAGGCCCUAUUCCGGAGCAGCAUCAGAUUUUGCAGACUAUUUUUGAGCAGCUGAGACACGACUGCGUCAACAAUGCCACUAGCUCGGUGGCGAAGAGAAAACUCCAAGAAGUUCAGAAAAAAUUAGAGAAUUUGUACGACUUACUACGAUCUAAUAGGCUCUCGGACAGUUCGUUGGGGACCCUCCACUCGUGCGUGCAGUGCGUCCAAAGCGGAGACCUGAACGGCGCUCAACGCGCCAUCAUGUCUCUGGCCGGAGACGUGGACUUCGCUCUGGUGGCCAGCUUCAUUCCGGCCAUCAAGACGCUCCUCACCUUGGCCGACCAGCAGUCGCGGUAGUUCCGGUUCCCCUGACGGAAUAAUUUGAUUACAUCUCAAUCACCGAUUACUCCAAUUUUAUUGAUUUUUGAUUUCAAAGGAAAUUUUAAGGCGUGAUUGAUGACUUUCUUACAUUUAAUUGUUAACUUAAAGCUUGCCUGUGAGUGUCACGUUAUUAUAGUUUUCCCAGCUACCUUAGUUUAAUUGCUUACGGUUACGAUCUAAACUGAAGAUAAUUUAUUGAAUGAUAUGCACUGAGAAAUCAAAAUUGUUUGAUCACAUAAUACUAUUUGUAUGAAAUGUUUUUUAAAUAUAAUAUAUUAUUUAGUAAUUCUAAAAGUUUAUUAAUAUAUUAAUUUGAUGUUUUGAAUAAUGUUUUGCAUCCUACAAUAUUUAUAAUGUAUGGUAAAGUUAUAAUAAUAAUUUUAUCUUUGAGGUAUGUAAAAUAACUUAAUAAAAUUUAAUUGUAUUAUAUCCUAACGACUGUAUCAGAAUGUACAUUAUAAACAGUGUAUACUUAAUUAAGUCUUAGUUAUAUUAUAAAUGAAAUAUAUUUUGAGAAAUUA